GAAUGUAGCUCACGGUCACUCCGACGUUGUAGAUCUCAUCAAGACAAAUAAGCAACAGAUACUAGGACUGGUCUGGGAAACGCAAACAGAUGAAUUUAUCAUCUCCUGGAACAUCUCUGAUUCGAAGGAGACCCACACUAAGAGGGAGCUUCUUGCGGAAAUAAUGAGGCUCUACGACCCGCUAGGCAUAUGCGCACCCAUGAUCUUCAGGGCAAAGUGCAUACUGCAGGAACUUUGGAAGGUGCCUAACGUACAAUGGGAUGACUCGUUACCGGAUUCAAUACAAAGGGAUUGGAAUAGAUUCCGCAAGCAGGUUACGGGUGAAAUACAAAUACCUCGAUGCAUUCGUCCGCCAUCAUCCAACCAAUUUGAACUACACGGAUUUGGAGAUGCAUCUGAACUCGGAUAUGGAUGUUGUAUAUAUGUCCAAGCUCUCUUCGAAGAGCAAACCGUAACCACACGACUGCUAUGCGCCAAAUCGCGGGUAGCACCGUUAAAGAAAUCAACUAUUCCACGGCUGGAACUUUCAGCAGCCUUAAUUUUGGCCGAGUUGACACAAAGGGUAAAGUUGGCGAUGAAAUUGCAUUUUCGGAAGGUUAUACUAUGGACUGAUUCAACCAUCACGUGGCAUCGAAUUCAGUCGGAUCCAUCGCGAUUCUCCACAUUCGUCGCUAACCGAGUCAUGAGAAUUCAGGAAUUAUCAGCUCCGGAAUAA